AUGUCGCACCACGUUCUCCUCCUCGGCGGCCACGGCAAGAUUGCCCAGCUCAUGACACCCCUUCUGCUUAACCGCUCGUGGACUGUCACCAGCGUGAUUCGCGCGCAGGAGCAGGUUCCUACUAUUGAGAAGCUCGGUGCCGGCCUCCCAGGCAAGCUCAAUGUCCUCGUCAGCAGUGUUGAAGACGUCACCAGCCAGGACCACGCUCUGAAGAUCCUCAAUGAGGUCAAGCCCGACUACGUUGCCUGGAGUGCAGGUGCGGGAGGCAAGGGUGGCGCUGACAGGACCUUCAAGGUUGACCGUGAUGCUGCCAUCCACUUCGUCAACGCUGCCGCCACUAUCCCCACCAUCACCCGUUUCCUCCUCAUCUCCUACCUAGGUUCCCGCCGCGCUGGUGCCCCUUGGUGGCCUGCCGGCGAGUGGGAUGCGUACCAUGAAAAGGUGAACAACGGCAUUCUCGCCAACUACUACCAGGCCAAGAUCGCCGCCGACGAGGUCCUCUACAACGUCUCUAAGAAGAGCCCCACCCUCGUCGCCAUCAAUCUACGCCCAGGCACUCUGACUGAUGCUCCCGCUGGUACGGUGACUCUGGGCAAGACUCCCGGCAUUGCCAUGAAGGCUGGCAUCAGCCGUGAGUCCGUUGCGAAGACCGCUUCUGCUCUUCUUGCAGCCGAGGGUGUCAAGAAUACCUGGCUGGAUCUUCUCGAUGGCGAUGAGGACAUUGAAACCGCCGUCCAGAGAGUUGUGCGAGAGGGUAUUGAUACUGCCGAGGGCGAAGCCAUCUAUGAAGCAUAA